AUGCUGAAACCCUUGCAUGCUCGCCAGCUUAGGACGGCGCAGUUAGCCCCCGACCUCUUUCGCAGCUUCAAGCGGCUCUGGCUGUCGCAGGGGCACCUUCAGGAGCUGGCGGGCCCAGAGGACCUAGCACACCUGGCAAGCUCUGCUGUGAAGCUCGGCAUCGUCCAGGAGGAGCAAUUCAACCUAGCGUUGGCUUCUGCUGGCCUUCAGCACGUUGGCCAAUUCUCCCCUUCGCAGCUGGCUUUAUUUUGCAGCAAUCUGGCCCGGCUGCCUUCAGCUGGCCGUGCUGCGUUUCUGGCUGUCGCUGCCCUCCAGGUGCAGCGGACCUUGCGCUUCAGCUCCUUCGUGGACCUGGGCCUGCUUUCGCAAGCUUUCGGCAGCAGCAGCAUCACGCUCACUCGCGAGGCAUCCGAGCUGUACCUGCAAAGGCUUUCCGUUGUUUCCAAAGAGGAGCUUGCGAAUCUGGCGCAAGGGCCAGGAUCCGGAUCCGAUCUGGUGAACAGCUUGGCAGCAGCACUGGAACGCGUGGCCGAAGGUUCUCUCCAGCUGCUGAGUCCGAGCGUCGACGGGGAGUUGCUCCUUGCAUCCAUUCGGCCAUUGACUCUGGAACUCUGUGCUCGGAGAGCUGUGCGUCCGCGGACAGCUGCUGCAGUGCUGGGCCAGCAUGCCCACUUCUCCGUACGAGACCAAGAGCUCUUCGAGGCCUUGGAGGAUGAAGAGCAUAGCUCUUCCGACAUUAGUGCAACGCUUGCCGGAAGACUCCUGAGACCUCUUGGUGCUCUUGGACAUCCCUCCGAGCACUUUCUGCAGAGCGUCGACAAGAGCUUGUCGAUUUGGGGAAAGCGACUUUCAGCCACGAUCCAAAGCGAUUCUGGUGUCCCAAAUGUGGUUUUCGAGCCAUGGACCCGUUCGACGAGGUCACUACCAGCGCUGGCAGCUGACCUUUUUGCAGCAGCUUUGCUUGACUUCGCCUUUCUGUCGGAAGUGUCCGUCACAUACCUCUUCUCUGCAGCGAAGACGCAGUGUCAACUGAACUUGCCCGCGGACUCUGCACUUCGAAUGAAGUGCGCUGGCGAGAUUGCUGCUGCUUCCCAAGUCUGGCUCCAGCACGUCGCGGGCCAUCCAGAAGCCUGCUGGCUGGCGGACUGGGCAGAAGAGGUCUUCUCGACGGGUGGCCCGCAGCACAACCUUGCUCCGCAGCCAAGUUCAGCUUUGCUCCGCUCCGUCUUCGCAGCGCUGCAGAGAGCUCAGGAGCCGGGCGAUAAGAUUCUGGUCGCGUGGCCAAUGCAUGGCUUUCGUGCAGACCUCGCACUUCGGAGACCACUUCGAAAGCCAGACACCUUGCGUCACAUUGCCUUCUUCGUCUACAGCACGAUCAACCGGAAGCCCACCGACGAGCUCUGCAUAGCUCUACUACCGGGGACUCGCGAGACCGCUACGAAAGCCAGACGCCUUCUGUCACCUUGCCGUCUCGUCUACCGCACGAUCAACGAGCUCUACUACCGGGAACUCGCAAAAGAGACCUUCCACAACCAGCCUAACGAUGAGGACAAGUACACGGCCGGGGAAGCACACGAAGAGCCCCCGACACUCAAGUUGCCAGCACAGCAGACGGAACAAAAGCCAGCGAACAAGUUGACCAAGCAGAAGGAUGACUUCGACAACGAUGCGGCCUUCCAUGAAAUCAUGGAAUGGCCGAGCCACAACACAAGAGCGCAGCACCGAGACCACAAAGCCACCAGCAACCCGAGAUGGAGCACCAGCAACGACCGGGGAGACCGGCGCCCAGCAACGACUUCCACACCUCACGACAAGCUCGACAAGGCAUCCUCCUGGGGCGGAAGCAGGCAGCACUACGACGGGCGCGGUGACAAAACCAGUGCAGCAGACCAGGAACCGCCACCUUCGGGGCCGUAUCCACACUUCGACAUCUUCAACCAGGAAAUGGCGACGGGGACACAAAGCACCACUGAAGACACUCACAGCAUCACCGACUUCCUCGACACGAUCCAGCCCCUGCCCAACGACGACGACGCAGAAGCUAGGCAGGGAGCGCCACCGCUGGAGACCCUGUCCUACAACGACGCCAACCACCUCGGCACGAUCCAGCCCCGGCCGAUCAGCGUGCCCUACGACCAGACCACAGUGUACGACGACGACAAAGUGAGCUAUUGGGAGUGGCCAUGGCAGCAAGACGACCAAGUGAAGUUCCUGAGAAGUCGGUGUGAGAGUGUGUGGAGUCAAGGCACGAAAGAUUGCAAAGACAAACAUCUGUUGCUGAAGCCAUGA